GAAGAAGAGCCGGCGGAAGUGGGCGGAGGGUCAGGUCCCGAGGAGGUCAUGGCGCUGGCCGCGCGCCUCUGCCGCUUUCUCCCCGCGAGACGGGGCGCAGCCCCGGGACCGCGGCCUCCGACGGGCGCAGCCGGCGGGCGCGGCGCGGGCGGGCCGGGCCGAGUCCGCGGCUCCGAGGUGAGGGGAAACCCAGGAGCUUUCAGAAGAAGCCUUAUGUUCUCAGCCUGGUCUUACUUGGGAUUUGAAACUUAUCAGCUCCUUUCUCCAGCUGCUGUGGUUCAUGCCGCAGCCAAAGGCUUCCGAGUUGAAGAAAUCCUCCAACAAGCAGACUACCUCUACGAAAGCGGGGAGACGGAGAGACUCUACCAGUUGCUGACCCAGCACAAGGACAGUGAAGAUGCCGAGUUGCUGUGGCGUCUGGCGCGGGCAUCCCGGGACCUGGCUCAGCUGAGCGGAACCUCGGCGGAGGAGAAAAAGGCCCUGGUGUACGAGGCGCUGGAGUACGCGAAGCGGGCGCUGGAGAAGAACGAAGCGAGCUUUGCGGCCCACAAGUGGUGUGCCAUCUGCAUUAGUGAUGUCGGCGAUUACGAAGGCAUCAAGGCUAAAAUCGCAAAUGCCUAUGUUAUCAAGGAGCAUUUUGAGAAAGCAAUUGAAUUGAACCCUAAAGAUGCGACUUCGAUUCACCUAAUGGGUAUUUGGUGCUACACGUUUGCUGAAAUGCCUUGGUAUCAGAGAAGAAUUGCCAACAUGCUGUUUGCAGCCCCUCCCAGCUCUACCUACGAGGAGGCCUUAGGCUACUUCCAAAAGGCAGAGCAAGUGGAUCCAAACUUCUACAGCAAAAACUUGCUUCUCUUAGGAAAGACAUACUUGAAGCUACAGAACAAAAAGCUCGCUGCGUUCUGGCUGCUGAAGGCCAAGGACUAUCCGGCCCGCACCGAGGAGGACAAGCAGAUACAGAGAGAAGCCGCACAGUUGCUCGCAGAGUUCAGUGGCAAGAACUGAGCGUUUCAGAGACGCAGCGCACGACACCUAGGGUGUUGCCCUCCCACCAACUGUACGCGUGUGGACACGACUGGUCUUGGCUCUCAGUGCCAAUGAUGUGACCAUGUGACAACUGAAAUACACAGAUUCUUCACAAAUAACAA